AUGAGGUACGUCGUAGGAGUUGAUUUCCUCCUCAAUCCCAUUUUCUUACGUGGGUUUUCUGGUUCUGUGCAUCUAGUUGUGUUGCUCAUUCUAUUUAUCUCAUGGGUUUGCAAGAAAACUCGGAUUAAUAAGAUUGAGGGCCCAAAACAGAGUGUUAGAAUCACUAGGUUCUCGUAUCACAAGCGAACUAUGUUUUUUUGUCUGGGUCUGUCACUUUUUAAUCUUGUUCUAUGCUUAUUUAGCCACUUCUAUUGGUAUAGAAAUGGUUGGUCUGAGGAAAAGGUUGUGACCCUUCUAGAUUUGGUAAUCAAAACACUUACCUGGUUAGUUCUCUCUGUUUUCUUGCACACCCAGUUCUUUAAUUCAGGUGCAUCAAAGUUCCCAGUUGCUUUAAGAGUUUGGUGGGGGGUUUUCUUCUCUAUCUCUUGUUAUUCCCUUGCUGUGGACUUUGUUUAUUACAAAAAGCACCGAGCUUUACCAGUCCAAUUUUGGUUGUCUGACAUAGUUUGUAGUAUUUCUGGGUUGUUCUUCUGUUUUUUGGGGUUUUUAGGUAAGAAUGAAGGUGGAAAUGCCAUUCUUCAAGAAGCCCUUUUGCAUGGUAGUGCUAGUAAUGGUAUAGAGUCCAAUAAGUCUGGCGGGGGUGAAACUGUGACCCCUUAUUCCAGUGCUAGUUUCUUUUGUGUCCUUACUUUCUCUUGGAUGGGUAAUUUGAUUGCUGCCGGCUCCAAAAAAACGUUGGACCUCGAGGAUGUUCCUCAGCUUGCCAGUAUUGAUAGUGUCAGGUCGGCUUUUCCAAUUUUGAGAAAUAAGGUAGAAUCGGAUUGCGAGAGUAGUAGUAAAGUGACAACAUUUGUGCUGGUGAAGGCUUUGAUUUUCACGGUAUGGAAGGAAGUUUUAUUAUCAGCUUUUCUUGCGCUUGCUUACACAUUGGCUACUUAUGUCGGCCCCUACCUCAUUGAUACUUUCGUUCAAUACAUUAAUGGUCGUCGCGAAUUCAAAAACGAAGGUUAUCUUUUGGUUUCUACAUUCUUCAUUGCAAAGCUAGUUGAGUGUCUUGCACAGAGGCACUGGUUUUUUAAGUCCCAACAGGCUGGAUUUAGAGCCAGGGCUGCAUUGGUUGCCAUGAUCUACAAUAAGGGUUUGACCCUUUCAUGUCAAUCAAAGCAGAGUCACACUAGUGGGGAGAUCAUCAAUUUCAUGACAGUUGAUGCGGAGAGAAUUGGUGACUUCGGUUGGUAUAUGCAUGAUCCUUGGAUGGUGCUCUUACAAGUUGCUUUGGCAAUGGCAAUCUUAUACAAAAAUCUUGGGCUUGCUUCAAUUGCUACAUUUGUUGCUACUGUGCUAGUGAUGUCGGCAAACUUUCCUUUGGGAAAGUUGCAGGAGAAAUUUCAGGAAGAACUAAUGGCAUCUAAAGAUCGAAGGAUGAAGUCCACGUCCGAAAUUUUGAGGAACAUGAGGAUUCUCAAGCUUCAGGGUUGGGAGAUGAAGUUCUUGUCAAAAAUUGUCGAGCUCAGGAACACGGAGGCAGGAUGGUUGAGAAGAUACGUGUACACUACCGCCAUGACCUCUUUUGUUUUUUGGGUCGCCCCAACAUUUGUGUCUGUGGCCACGUUUGGUGCUUGUAUGCUUAUGGGAAUCCCACUGGAAUCAGGGAAGAUAUUGUCUGCACUUGCAACAUUUAGAAUACUUCAAGAGCCUAUUUAUAAUCUUCCUGAUACAAUUUCAAUGAUUGCUCAGACCAAAGUUUCCCUUGACCGAAUUGCUUCAUUCCUCCGUCUUCAUGACCUGCAGCCGGAUGUUAUACAGGUGCUGCCGAGAGGUACAUCUGACACAGCCAUUGAGAUAGUUGAUGGGAAUUUUACUUGGGAUGUGUCUUCUCCUACUUCAACUCUCAAAGAUAUAAAUCUCAGGGUGUCUCGUGGAAUGAGGGUUGCUGUUUGCGGUACCGUUGGUUCAGGCAAGUCGAGCUUAAUCUCUUCUAUCUUGGGAGAAAUGCCCAAAAUAUCUGGAGCUAUUAUGCUAAGUGGAACAAAGGCUUACGUUGCUCAGUCACCCUGGAUACAGAGUGGGAAGAUUGAGGAAAAUAUACUUUUUGGUAAGAAAGAAGGUGAAAAUGCCCUUCUUCAAGAACCCCUUUUGAAUGGUAGUGCUAGUAAUGGUAUAGAGUCCAUUAAGUCUGGUGGGGGUGAAACUUCUGGUGGGGGUGAAACUGUGACCCCUUAUUCCAGUGCUAGUCUCUUUAGUGUCCUUACUUUCUCUUGGAUGGGUAAUUUGAUUGCUGCCGGCUCCAAAAAAACUUUGGACCUCGAGGAUGUUCCUCAGCUUGCCAGUAUUGAUAGUGUCAGGUCGGCUUUUCCAAUUUUGAGAAAUAAGGUAGAAUCGGACUGUGAGAGUAGUAGUAAAGUGACGACAUAUGUGCUGGUGAAGGCUUUGAUUUUCACGGUAUGGAAGGAAAUUCUAUUAUCAGCUUUUCUUGUGCUUGCUUACACAUUGGCCUUGUAUGUCGGCCCCUACCUCAUUGAUACUUUCGUUCAAUACCUCAAUGGUCAUCGUGAAUUCAAAAACGAAGGUUAUUUUUUGGUUUCUACUUUCUUCAUUGCAAAGUUGGUUGAGUGUCUGGCACAGAGACACCGGUUCUUUAAGGUCCAGCAGGCUGGAUUCAGAGCCAGGGCUGCAUUGGUUGCCAUGAUCUACAAUAAGAGUUUGUCCCUUGCAUGCCAAUCAAAGCAAAGCCACACAAGUGGGGAGAUAAUCAAUUUCAUGACAGUUGAUGCUGAGAGGAUUGGUGACUUCAGUUGGUAUAUGCAUGAUCCCUGGAUGCUGCUCCUACGAGUUGGUUUGGCUUUGGCGAUCUUAUACAAAAACCUUGGGCUUGCUUCACUUGCUACGUUUGUUGCUACUGUAAUAGUGAUGUUGGCAAAUGUUCCUUUGGGGAAGUUGCAGGAGAAAUUUCAGGAAAAACUAAUGGCAUCUAAAGAUCAAAGGAUGAAGUCGACGUCUGAAAUUUUGAGGAACAUGAGGAUUCUAAAGCUUCAAGGUUGGGAGAUGAAGUUUUUGUCUAAAAUUGUCGAGCUCAGGAAUACUGAGGCAGGAUGGCUGAGAAGAUACAUGUACACUUCCGCGAUGACCACUUUUGUUUUUUGGAUUGCCCCUACAUUUGUGUCUGUGGUCACUUUUGGUGCUUGUAUUCUUUUGGGAAUCCCACUCGAAUCAGGGAAGAUGUUGUCUGCACUUGCAACGUUUAGAAUACUUCAGCAGCCUAUUUAUGAUCUUCCCGAUACAAUUUCAAUGAUUGCUCAGACUAAAGUUUCCCUUGACCGAAUUGCUUCAUUUCUUCGUCUUCAUGACCUGCAGCCGGAUGCUAUACAGAAGUUGCCGAGAGGUACAUCUGACACGGCCAUUGAGAUAGUUGAUGGGAAUUUUGCCUGGGAUGUGACUUCUCCUAAUCCAACUCUCAAAGAUAUAAAUCUCAGAGUGUCUCAUGGCAUGAGGGUUGCUGUUUGUGGUACCGUUGGUUCAGGCAAGUCAAGCUUAAUCUCUUCUAUCUUGGGAGAAAUGCCCAAAAUAUCAGGAGCUAUUAUGCUAAGUGGAACAAAGGCCUACGUUGCUCAGUCACCCUGGAUACAGAGUGGGAAGAUUGAGGAGAAUAUACUUUUUGGUAAGGAAAUGGACAGAGAGAGGUAUGAGAAGGUUCUUGAAGCAUGUGCCUUAAAGAAAGACCUGGAAAUUCUCUCCUUCGGUGAUCAGACAGUUAUAGGUGAGAGAGGAAUCAAUUUGAGUGGUGGACAGAAGCAGAGAAUACAGAUUGCGCGUGCCCUGUACCAAGAUGCUGAUAUCUAUCUAUUUGAUGAUCCAUUUAGUGCAGUGGAUGCUCAUACAGGAUCACAUCUUUUCAAGGAAUGUUUACUGGGGCUGCUGGGUACGAAAACUGUAGUUUAUGUUACUCAUCAAGUGGAGUUCUUACCGUCUGCAGAUCUUAUCCUGGUCAUGAAAAAUGGGAGAAUUACGCAAGCUGGAAAAUAUGACGACAUUCUAAAUUCAGGAAGCGACUUUAUGGAACUUGUGGGUGCCCAUAAGGAAGCUUUAUUGGUGCUUGAUUCUGUAGAAACACAUUCAGGCUCGGGAAAAUCAAAUAUUAACGAGGAAGUUGAUGGUAUUGGGGAUGCUAAGAAGGUGCUCAAGGAUGAGAAAACUGCGGUUGGUCAAAAUGGCAAAGCAGAUGAUGUUGGGGGGCCAAAAGGUCAGCUUGUUCAAGAAGAAGAAAGAGAGAAAGGUAAAGUUGGUUUUUCAGUCUACUGGAAAUAUAUCACUACCGCGUAUGGAGGAGCACUUGUGCCCUUUAUAUUAUUGGCACAAGUUUUCUUUCAGCUACUUCAAAUUGGGAGCAAUUACUGGAUGGCAUGGGCAACUCCGGUCUCAAGUAAUGUACCGCCUCCUGUUGGAGGCUCGACUCUUCUAAUUGUCUAUGUAGCUUUGGCAAUCGGAAGUUCUUUUUGCAUCCUUUCCAGGGCCUUGCUUCUGGUGCCGGCCGGGUACAAGACUGCCACAAUCCUGUUCAAUAAAAUGCAUUUCUGCCUUUUGCGCGCCCCUAUGUCUUUCUUUGAUUCCACCCCUAGCGGACGGAUACUGAACAGAGCAUCUACAGAUCAAAGUGCAGUUGAUUUGGACAUUCCAUUUCAAGUUGGGACUUUUGCCUUCUCAAUAAUACAACUCCUUGGAAUUAUUGCAGUGAUGUCGCAGGUUGCUUGGCAGCAAUAUUACAUACCAGCAGCACGAGAAUUGGCACGGUUAAUUGGAGUGUGCAAAGCUCCAGUUAUACAGCAUUUUGCUGAAACAAUCUCAGGAUCAACUACGAUUAGAAGUUUUGAUCAGGAAUCUAGAUUCCGGGACACAAAUAUGAAAUUGAUAGAUGGGUAUUCUCGACCAAAGUUUCACAGUUCUGGUGCAAUGGAGUGGCUAUGCAUUCAGUUGGAUAUGUUGUCUUUAAUUACAUUCGCCUCAUCCUUGGUUUUUUUGAUCUCUGUUCCGGUGGGAGCAAUUGAUCCAAGUGUUGCGGGAUUAGCAGUGACAUAUGGGCUUAAUUUGAACAUGAUACAAGCUUGGGUCAUACGGAAUCUUUGUAAUCUAGAGAAUAAAAUUAUAUCAGUUGAAAGGAUACUUCAAUACACUUCUCUUCCCAGUGAGCCUCCUCUUGUUAUAGAAUCUGCCAGGCCAGAGGCAGAUGGUCACUGGCCGUCACAUGGUAAAGUUGACAUUUGUGAUCUAAAGGUGCGAUAUGCCCCACACAUGCCACUUGUGUUAAGAGGCCUCACGUGCACUUUCCCCGGAGGAAAGAAGACUGGCAUUGUAGGAAGAACGGGCAGUGGUAAAUCAACACUUAUACAGACACUCUUCCGUAUUGUUGAACCCGAUGGUGGACACAUUUUUAUAGAUGAUAUCAACAUCUCUUCGAUCGGGCUGCAUGAUUUAAGAUCUAGAUUGAGCAUAAUUCCACAGGACCCAACCAUGUUUGAGGGGACGAUACGAAGCAACCUGGAUGCGCUUGAAGAGCAUACGGACGAACAGAUUUGGGAGGCUCUCGAUAAGUGCCAGCUUGGAGAGGAGGUUAGGAAGAAGGAAGGCAAACUUGAUUCAGCAGUUAAUGAGAAUGGAGAGAAUUGGAGUGUGGGUCAAAGACAGCUGGUCUGUCUUGGCCGUGUGCUACUGAAGAAAAGCAAGGUUUUGGUGCUUGAUGAGGCUACAGCAUCAGUUGAUACAGCAACUGAUAAUCUGAUCCAGCAAACCUUGAGGCAACACUUCUUCGACUCCACAGUCAUAACCAUUGCACAUAGAGUAACAUCUGUGCUCGGCAGUGACAUGGUCCUACUAUUAGAUCAUGGAUUAAUCGAGGAAUACGAUACUCCAACAAAAUUGCUGGAAAACAAGUCAUCUUCAUUUGCUAAGCUCGUAGCAGAGUACAGCGUGAGAUCAAAUUCUAGUUACGAGACUUCGAGAACUUUGGAUGCCGGACCACACCAUUAA